AUGUUAUUGUGGAAUCAUAGGGUGAUCAAGACGUUGUUAUUUGUUGCUUAUAGUACAAGUCACUCAAUUGGACUUCAUUCAAAAGACUUUGCAUUAUGCAUGGAAAUUCAUAAAGACCAGGGUUUGAGAAAACUUCAAUCAAGAAUAACAUCAGUUUUUGAGUUCGUGGCUAAGGAUGCUGAUGUGGGUCAGAUCCUGAAGGAUAUUAAACAUAUUCUUGAAGACGCACAUGAUACAUCCAUCCAAGACUCUAUUGUUGUCACUCCCCACGAUGUCCCGCCUUCGGAUAUUCCAUGUGAUAAAAAGGAUAAUUCUGAAGAUGCCGGUUCAGUUGCAGAAAAAGAACUCAUUUCAUCCCAAGAACCUACUCAAUAUAUACAAAUAACUUCUGAUGUAGAAGCUGCAAUUUCUCAAAGUCAUGACUUCAUAUUAUUCCUAGACAGAGAAACAAUGGCCCUGCAUAGUAACCGCAUCAUAUUCGCGAUUCACACAGAAACUAAAUCAGAACGCGAAAUCAGAGAAGAAGUACAAGGAGAGACGAAGGAGAAAAGAACGAUUGGACAAUGUUACCUGAGGUUUCGACGCCAGCAGUUUCAAGUCUCCAUCGGAGCGUCUCCGAUCAGUAACUUCAAACUUUUAUUACUCUUUAUUUCUGCGCAUGAUUUUUGUUUAUCAUCUUUGAAGUUCGAGAAUGAGGCUGCACCGUUGUGGAACAAGAGGAGUUGUCGAUUGAAGCUUGAGCAGAGACGAUCAGAAGCGGAACACAUCGUAGCCAUUCGCAGUAGCCGGAGAGAAGAAGAGAAAUUCGUUUUGUGUUUCUUGUGA